CUGUUCCUCUAGAAACCAAACUCACUCCCCUUCACCCCUCCUUGCCCGGCUGGGAGAGGGAAGUCUGUGCCUUUGGCCUCUUCUUCCUCCUCCUUCUUCCUCUCCUUCUGGUGAGUCUUCUUCCCAGACCUUCUUCUCCAAAGGGCGGAAGAGGGGCAGAAACCCAACACACCUGGAGGGAGGGCCAGAGUGGGCCCAGGCCUGGCCUCACCUGGGGUUGUGGGUCUUCACAACAGACUUCUCCAACCUGGAGAUCCUUAGGAGGAGGGAGAGGCAGGCAGAGAGAGAGAGGCCCAGGGUUUUCCCCUCCCCACCCACUCACCUGCCUCUCUGGCUCCUCUUUCCCCCCAUAAGUUUUUAAAUAAUUCAGUCUCAGUUUGUCAUCUGGAUUUCCAAAUAUGUUACUUUAGUCGUUACAUCAAUUUUUGUCUCUUGUUUCAAAGUCUCUUGGUUCUUCUCUACAAGAAAGGCUAUGGAUCAUGAAGCAUCCGGUGAAGGAAUCACAGGGGGAUUCAGUAUGGGUUGGGACUGAAUGGGAGCUCAAUGGGAGGCCAGGUGGGUCUGGAGGCUAGAGAAGCAGAGGACCAGUAUCACCUGGCUCUGAAAGAAAUACAGGGCUUGGUUUAUAAUCUCCAAGAAAAAGCCUCUUGAAUCCUGUUGUCUAAUUCUGCCUUUCUUUCACAGAGGAAAUAAGAGUGUUGGCUGAGAAUUUUGUAGUCGAGCCUGUUCAAGGAUUUCUUUCCCUUGAGAGAAGAAGGAGGAAAAGCAUCUUGGAUCCAGUUUGCUUCUUCAUCAACAAGUGGUUCCAACAUGGAGAGACCCAACUCACCUGGACCUGAAGCAGGACUUGGGAGCAGCGGGGCAUCCUGGGGGAAAACUACACAUAAGUUCCUGAGUGUGGAAUUUUAUAGUUCACACAUAGAGCGCGAGUGCUUCAGGCAGUGCUCCUUCCAAGAGGGCGAGGGACCCAGAGAGGUUUGCAGCCGCCUCCACUCUCUCUGCCGCCAGUGGCUGAAGCCAGAGCAACACACCAAGGCAGAGAUGCUGGACCUGGUGAUCCUGGAGCAGUUCAUGAGCAUCCUGCCCCCAGAGAUGGGGAGCUGGGUCCGAGAGUGUGGGGCAGAGACCUCUUCCCAGGCGGUGGCCCUGGCGGAAGGCUUCCUCCUCAGUCGGGCCGAGGACGAGAAGCGGGAAGGACAGGCCCAAAGUAACUGCAUUGAUAUCCUGCCUGAUGCCUCUGAAUCAGAGAAACAUCUAUCAGACGCCACCCAGAGUCUCCAGCAGAUAGACCUCAAGCAGGAAGAAGACUGGGCUACAACCUUGGAGGUCACUAUCUUGCAUAUUCCCAGCUUUGUCAGGCAAAUCUAUCCCUUUGGAACUCAUAUUUACAGCCAGCUUUCAAAAACUAUCCAAAAUAACUGCAUCAAAGCCCAGUCAAAUGUCCCAGCAUCAGAGCAACUUCCAUCAGACACCACCCAGAGCCUCAGGCAGAAGGAGCUGAAGCAGGAAGGAGAUGCGCCUGUAACCUUGGAGGGGGCAGGAAUGACGUUGUUGCCGAAUCCUCAGUUAUUUCUUCCUCUUUGUGAUGGAGUGGAACUGGAUCAGGGCCCAAUCGCCUUUGAGGACGUGGCUGUUCGUUUCUCUUGGGAGGAGUGGGCUCUCCUGAAUCCUGGUCAGAAAGUCUUGCACGUGCAGAUCAUGGAGGAGAUUCAUGGGAUUGUGGACUCUCUUGCAGCUAACCAGAACACCCAACACAGGAAGCAUUUGGGACACAAUGGGGGUCUUUCUAGACACCAGCAAAGCCAGAGAGAAGAUGGAGAUUCUGCCAGAGAAAGGCCUUACAAAUGCAAUGUAUGUGGGCAGUGUUUUACCCAAAAUAUAGGACUUAUACUUCACCAGACACUCAGUGCUGGGAAAAGCCAUUGUCAGUUGAAAGUAUCAGCAAAAUAUGUUGCUGAUUACAAACUGCCAGAUCUAGGUCAAGAAGAAAUCUUUAAAGGAACGGAGGAUGUCAUAAACCAGGAAUGUGGGAGAUGUUUUGCUUCCAGUUCACAGUUGGUGAGCCACAAAAAACUCCACACAAGAGAGAAGCCAUACCAAUGCAAGGAGUGUAAGAAAUGUUUUACUUGGAAGUCAUCAGUUCUCAGACACUUAUGUAUCCAUACAGGAAAAAAACCAUACCAGUGCCAGGAGUGUGGGAAAUGUUUUGCUCGCAGUUCAGACUUGGCAAAGCACAAAAGACUCCACACAGGAGAGAAGCCAUACCAAUGCCAGGAGUGUGGGAAAUGUUUUGCUCGCAGUUCAUACUUGGUCAGCCACAAAAAACUCCACACAGGAGAGAAGCCAUAUCGAUGCCAGGAGUGUGGGAAGUGUUUUGCUGACAGUUCGGCCUUGGUGAGGCACAAGAGACUCCACACAGAAGAGAAGCCAUACAAAUGCCAGGAGUGUGGGAAAUGUUUUGUUCACAGUUCACAGUUGGUGAGCCACAAUAAACUCCACACACGACAGACGCCAUACCAAUGCCAGGAGUGUGGGAAAUGUUUUGCUUACAGUUCAGAAUUAGUGCGGCACAAAAGAUUCCACACAGGAGAGAAACCAUACCAUUGCCAGGAGUGUGGGAAAUGUUUUGCUGUUAAUUCAGCCUUGGUGAGACACAAAAGAGUCCACACAGGAGAAAAGGCAUACAAAUGCCAGGAGUGUGGGAAAUGUUUUGCUUACAGUUCAUACUUAGUGUGCCACAAAAGACUUCACACAGGAGAGAAGCCAUUCCAAUGCCAGGAGUGUGGGAAAUGUUUUAUUCAACGUUCAGACUUGGUGAGCCACAAAAGAGUCCACACAGGAGAGAAGCCAUACCAAUGUCACGAGUGUGGAAAAUGUUUUGCUCAGAGUUCAAAAUUGAUGAGGCAUAAAAAACUUCACACAGGAAAGAAUGGGUAAAAGUUCCAGGAGCGUGGGAAAUGUUUUACUCAGAAUACACUCUUUAUAGACCACUGGAGAUCCCACACAAGAAGGAAACCAUACCAAUACCAGGAGUGUGGAAAAUGUUUUGCUGACAGCUCACAAUUUGUGAGCCACACAGGUGUCUGUUGAGGCCAAGCCAAAGGAAAAGAUGUUUCCACUAUUAUUUCUCUUGAUGUCAGAUUAUACCUCUGUAUAGAAUUUACUGGGUGUAUUCUUGCUCCUGGCACACUGCUGAGCCAUAAUAAAUAGAAAAACAUGAGCCUUA